GGGAGAGAUCUGAAUGCCAAUAGACCAAGUCUAGCAGAAGAGGGGACCCAGGAGAGUGUUCACGGCCAGGAUAUGGCUCUCCCUGGAAGGAGGUCUGGAUUCUGGAACUAGUUUUGUUAUUGGUGUGCCACGUCUUCUCCAAGGCAGUAUAGCAUAGUGACUCAGGGCAUAAGCUCAGUGUCGUCCUUUGAAAGUGGGAAAUAAUACCUAGCUCAGAAGAUAUUUUAAAUGUUAAAUGGGUUACUGUAAAGGACUUAGGAGGUGCCUGAACGUAGUAAGCAUUUAACAAAUGAUGGCUGUUGUCAUUGUUACUAUCAUUUUAAUUUUGCCAUCUGUAAAGUUAUAAGAGGAGGAUUAAAGCAUCUUUGCUGAUUUCUCACCAAUCAGAGGAAAGGGGAACUAACAGUGGCCCUCAGUCUGAGCCUGGCACUGGGCGGAAUUUUCGAGGUGCAGAGAAAAAGAAAUAAUAUCCCUGCCUCCAAGAGCUCAUCGUUUGACAAGAAGACAGAGGGGAAUCACUGAUUCAACGUAAAAAUGUGCUCAGUGAUAGACCAGAAGAUACAGGGAAGGUUCUAGAAGACGGUUUUUGCAGCAUAGUGGAGAGAUUUACAUAGACUCCACUUUAAAUCCAAAAUUAUGUUCUGUCACCCUGGGCAGAUCACUUAGUCACCCCUGCCUGUUUCCUCCACUGUAAAAGGGGAGAUCGUACUUGAACCUGCCUCACAAAGCCUUUGUGAAAAUUAAGCCAGCUGCUGUCCAGAAAGCUCAUCCUGUAGUACCUGACACAGAAGUGUGUUCAAAAGUGAUCGUUAGUAUGAUUCCAGUGGCCCAAGAGAAAUCCGGGACCCAGGCUAAAGAAAUGCAAACUGAAGGAGGAAAGGACGGCUGAAGAGCGGCCCAGCCCUCCAGGAUCGCUUAAUUAUUGUGGUUGAAAUUUCUUUUAACUUCAGGUUCUUUUACUUGGGAGGUAUCUACCCCAGGGGGCGCCCGAGGCCUUCGCGUCUCUGUUGCCCGUGGCAACCGGCAGCCCCGGCGGCGUCAAGCCUGGUAGGCAACGCGCUGGGCCAGCAAGAUGGCCCUGAGCUCCUGGUCCCCAGAGCUGGGGUUCGGCGGGAAGGUGCUGCUGCAGGCAGCAGCCGUCUCCACCGGCCCCUCCCUGGAGUUAUGCACCUUCCCCUCCUCCCUGGGCUCCUCGGUCGCGACCGCUGCGCUGGAGCAGCUCUUUGUUGUGGAACAAUCACUGCACAGUGACUAUUUUAAAUGCAACGAAGAAGCUAGGACCUUUCUUAAGGACAUUGCUAUCGCUGUUAAGAAAUUGGAAGAAAUGAGAAAAGCCACAAUUGAUCUCCUGGAAAUUGAAAGCAUGGAACUCAGCAGACUAUAUUUCCUACUGGAAACUCUUCCCAAUAGCAUUGGCAGAGAAUUGGAAGAAUGUGUCAGAGAUGCCCGCAGAUUAAAUCUUUUUGAGAUAAAUCAAUUACAAAUGGACGUUACAAGGAUGAAUAAUGAAAUAGAGUUCCUGAAGAAGAAAAUACUUGAUCUGAAAACAAUUAAUGAAAUUCUAGGUGAACAGCAAGAGGAGCUGGUGAGGAGGCAUGAAAAGUUGGUGCUGUCACUCAACCACACGAUGGAAGAAAAAGCUGCUGUCACUGUUUACAUCAAUGAGACUUACACCAAAAUAAACUCGGAGAAAAAAGAGUUAGAAUUCCAAAACCAACGUCUCAAAGAAAUACAGGAACAAAUGGAAAAAGAAAAAGCGAAAUAUUUGGCAAGAAAACAAAAAUUGAAUCAAGAGAUUGAGGAAUAUAAAAAACUCUGUGAAUUGAAGAGAAAGGAUACUUAUCAAAAGAAGAAAGAAUUGGAUACAUUAAAACUUAAAGUGUCAAAAAUGAGAGAAACAGUUAGUACCAGGACAGUGGUUCUUAGUGAUCACAAUUUAGAGAUAGCACAACUACAAGAAUCAAUAAGGCAUUGGGAACAAGAGAUUGAAGAAAUGAAGAAAUCCUGUAAGAUCCUGGAGGAUAAAAUGCAUUUUUUUAUGAAUAACAAGGAAAAACUGGAAGAUUCAUCUAGUGUUGAAAAAGAUGAAAUUUUGCAGAAGAUAAAGCAGAUGGCUGAAAAACUACACAAAAAUCAUUUAGAGAGCAAAGAUCUACAGGAGAAAUUGCAUACUCUUACCAGACAAUAUAAGAUUGUCUUAAGUGAGGAGGAGAAAGUUUUUAUACAGAAACAGAACACUUAUAAUGAGAAUCAGAAACAAAUGGCAUUUAUUAGUCGGAAAGAAAACUUCCUAUCGCAAAGAAAAGUAGACAUCAAAAAUAUGGAGGAAGGACUUGUCACUCUCCAGGAACUUCAUCAAGCAACAAAGGAAGUAUAUCGGAGACAAAUAAAAAUCCUGAAUGACAACCGGGAAAGAGAAAGUCAGAGACGUGUCAUAACUCAGUGGAAAAUUGCUUGUUCACGAAAAAAACAUGCAUGUUUGAAAAAGAAGCUGGAGUCUGAAGUACAAGAAAUUUUAGGUGAAGUACAGACUGCUGAAUCUAGAUGCAUCAAACUAUUGCAAGAGACCAAUUUUAGACAAAAAGAGAUCACUGAGUUUUUGGCAGAGACUGAAAAACUUACAUUAGAAUUAAAACAAGUGGAGGAAGAAUUUAUUGUCAAAGAAAAAAAGUUAGUUCAAGAGUUGAGCAAGUAUGAGCUAAGAUUCGCUAGGGAAACGCAAAGUAACAGAGUAAAGGAAGAUGAACUAGUCGAGCAUCUUCCGCAACUUCAAGUGGCAGAAGAAGAAUAUAUGAGCAAAGCUGGAAAACUGGAAGAGCUCAUUCAUUUUAUUACAGCACAAAAGCAGGAGCAGAAUUUACUGAACGAUUACACUUCUCAAAUGGCAAGAGACUUUUCAAGAUUUUUCAGCAACUCGGAAAAAGUGAAGAAAGAACUCAAAUACUUACGAGACCAAGAAAGCCAUAAGAUCAAAAGCCAUCUUGAAACUCUCAAGAACUUAGAAAAUGAAAUCUAUGUACAUGACUUAAAAGUAGAUGCUUUGCUCCUGGAAAAUGAAAAAUUAAGAAAAUAUAUUGCAUAUAUGAAGAACAACAUAGAGCUAUACAAAAAAAGAGAAGAAGACCUCAAGUGCGCGUCAGGUGACCUGUGUUGGCAACUGACAGCUCAUCAGAGGAAGUAUUUGGAUUUGUGGGCUGAAUUUCAGACUACAGUUAAGGAACUGGUAAACAGUGGUGGUGAGACUUUGCAAGGAAUAAAAAAGCUAACAGAGAGGCUGCAGGAAAGGGAUGAAAACAUUGAGCGUAUCAGCAUUUGGCUACAAGGGAAUCUUGAAGAGCUGCGUUUUCUUAUGGAGCAGGAAUUGAAAACGGACCUCCACAAAAAGAAGAAACACGUUCAUAUCAAAAAAGUCCACCCCCCCGUGGUUGAAUGUACCAUGAAGAACGCAUUAGCAGAGAAAAAAUAACAUAAUAACUUCAAAGAUACAACUGCUGUGAAUUCAAAAGGCACAAAAAACAACCACAAGAUGUUUUCAACCAAACCACCUAUAAACAAAAAACCUGUUAUAUAAAUUAUGCUCUAGUUUUAUAAUCAAAAUACUGUAUUGGUAAAAAUAAAUAGAUAACAACAAACAACGUACUUC